UUGAGUUGACUAGUAAGAGCUCAUUACACAGUACACACACACACACACGUUUAGUAUUGAAGGGCUGGAAUACCCCUGAGCUGCUGGUCUGGAGAUACCUGACUAACUGACAGUGCUGUUCCAUAACGUGUGUGUGUGUGAAUGCACAUCUGCAUAUGUGUUUUUAAUUGUAUGUGUGUUAGUGUGUGUGUUAAUAAGUGUUUGUAUCAGUUAGUGUAGGUGUGUAUUAUUAGCGAUUUGCACACUUCAGUUAUGUAAUGAAAAGUCUCAGAGGGUCAGAGGAAUUCUCUACAGCUAAAACAAGAAAGAGUUCCAUUGGUUUGAUGUUGGUUUAGAAGCCCUUGGGCUUGUCCUCUCUGCAAUGAACAAAACAGUUCGAUCCAUUCCAACAGCAUAUAAAACAGGCCAAACUAAGCACAGUGUGUUUGAACAUGUGGCUGGACAGCGUUCAUGUGUGAAACCUGAAACGUUUCACACAGUUCACAUUUUUGCCAUUGCAUUGAUUUAAAAAGAAGCAAUAAUGUCUUCCUUUGAUGCAUCUUCUUACAAAGACUAAUUUUCUCUAAAACAAGGUAAGUAAUGCGCCCAGAUAACAUUUCAGAGUUUGAGCACUGGCUUUGCAUACUGAAUUGAAUUUUUGACACCAUCGUUAUUGUCCUUUCUAGUAUUGCAAAGUAAAAUUACAUGGAUCUAUUCACACUGUUUACUGUUUUUGUUCAGCUAACAGUUCUUUGAUUAUUUACUCUGUUAACAAAUUGAAAACUGCAAAACUAUCCUUCAAAUUUGUACUGAAGUACAAAUUAGCCUGAAAACACAAUCAUUUCCCACCCAGUCCCUGAAGAGAACAUCCCCCCCUGCAGUAUUCCAGUGUAGAUGGGGGACUGGAACUUUCUGGGUGGGAUACUGGAGGAGAUGCACGUCCACUCUACCAUGGUGGGCAAGACGUGGCUCACCAUCCUCUUCAUCUUCCGCAUGUUGGUUCUGGGCGUUGCGGCCGAGGACGUGUGGAGUGACGAGCAGCAGGAAUUCAUCUGCAACACGGAACAGCCGGGCUGUCGCAACGUCUGCUACGACCGCGCCUUCCCCAUCUCGCUCAUCCGCUACUGGAUGCUGCAGGUCAUCUUUGUGUCCUCGCCCUCACUCAUCUAUAUGGGCCAUGCCAUUUACCGCCUGCGCGCGCUGGAGAAGCAGCGCUACUGCAGGAAGGAGGUGCUACGGCAGGAUCUGGAGGUGCUGGACAAGGAGCAGGUGGAGCUGCGCAGGCGGGUUGAGAGGGAGCUGAAGCAGCUGGACCAGGCCAAGCUGAACAAGGCUCCGCUGCGUGGGUCACUGCUCCACACCUACGUGGCCCACGUCGUGGCCCGCGCACUUCUGGAGGUGGGCUUCAUGCUGGGCCAGCACCUGCUGUACGGCCCCCAGCAGGAGGCGCGAUACAGGUGCAGGCGAGAACCCUGCCCCAACGUGGUGGACUGCUUCAUCUCGCGACCCACGGAGAAGAGUGUGUUCAUGGUGUUCAUGCAGGCGAUUGCAGCCGUGUCGCUUGUCCUCAGCCUGAUGGAGAUCAUGCACCUGGGCUACAAGAAGCUGAAGAGGGGACUUCUGGACCAACACCCACACCUGAAGGAGAACCUGGUUGAUUAUGACGGUAGCAAGUCCAAGAAGAGCUCAGUAGUACAGCAGGUGUGCACAAGCCAGGGUGGCAUGGCCACCCCACCCACAACCCUGAGUGGCUACACACUGCUCACAGAGAAGCAGGCCAAUGGCCCUGCCUACGCAGCCCUCAUCAGCACCUCUUCCACCUUCCUCCACCCUGUAGGUGGGUGCAGUGCAGAUGUGCAGAGGGAAGGAGACAACAACACACCCAGUCCCACUGAGCACAACAGCAACUCCAACAACACAGGCAGCGACACACACUCUCCUCUUGGCCUCAAGGCUGAGCUGUCAGACCACAUGCCUACACACUCAGAGGAGCUUGCUAGUGAAAGCCCCAGCAAGCCUCAUCUCCCUGGAGAGCUCUCGACAUCCUGCUCUGCUGUCUGCCCCUGCCGUGGUGUGCAGAGAACACGGAGGGUCCGCGGACCGUGGAACUGCAGCACAGUGAAGGAGGAUAGCACCUCCUUCAGCAGCGCAGUUUGCACUGCUGCAGCCGUACCACCACAGUGCCUCCGUCUGGCUGGAUGCACCAAGUCCUUCCCCAAACCUGAAUUGAGGAGGUGCAGUCGAACACACACAUCAGAUUCUGCAAGUGACGGGAGCUCAAAUUCACAGCACAGCCCCACCCUCUUACCAAACCACCCAUCCUCAUUGACUGGAAGCUCAAGCAACAGGCGUGCAGCAACCAACCUACAGAUCUAAAUUUAAUUUUAGAUCUUUAGGUGUUUGGUCUCUGCCAAGCUGCCAUUGUUGGGCUCCUGAGCAAAGCCCUUAACCCUCAAUUGCUCAAGUUGUACUCAUUCAUAAUUGUAAGUUGCUUUGGAUAAAUGCAGCAGCUAAAUCCCAUAAAUGUUAACGGUCUUUGAUUUCAGAUCUCGAUGCAAUUGGUCUUUAAUUUCAGAUCUUGAUGUGUUUGGUCUUAAAUUUCAGAUCUAUAUGUGUUUGGUCUUUAAGUUCACAUCUACAGGUGUUUGGUCUUUAAUUAUAGACUACUGUAUAUUCUAGAUGAGGAGAUUUUUAGUGUCAUCUCACCCUGAGUUCUCUUCUAUUUCUGUAUCUUUAAAGUCUGCAUAACAUAAGCAAAACAACUUUCUAACUAGCAAAUUUUAGGUAACAAAUUUAUUGAAGCAUCCUUUAGUCUUCAAAAUGGAGGCUUCAAGAACACCAUUCAUUUCAGUUCUGUUAGAUGUCUGAUUCACAAAACUGAAACCAAUCCAGAUGUAUAAUUCUGGUUCCGAGAGCUGAAUAAGAAUUUAUGGGUGUAGCACCAGGUAGCCUUAUGUUCCUUCACUGCUGUAAGGUCUGUUGGAUAUCAGCCUUGGUUCACACUCUGAACUGUGGUAGUCUGUAUGUGCAGUUGUUCUAUCUUUGACAAACAUUUUAUUACUCUCAUCUUCACACACUGUUUUAGAUGCUCUUGAGAGUGUGAGGGUAUUGUUCCCUUCCCUGAAACCCAAAAUGGGUUUUAGCCAUCUGUUGGAGACCUGCUUUGCAUUAGAAAUUAGGGUUAGUUUUGCCUUUAUUGUACUGAAUAUGCUUGUGAUUAAAAUUACUUUUAAAGAAAGAAACAAUAUCGUUUUUUAUUGUAAUGAAAUUGUGCAAUUUCAUUUGCCAUUUGUAUCUUGUGAUGCCGCUGUAGCUUUACUAAAGAGGGUCCCGUUUAGGUGUAUGUAUGAGGUUGUGGAUAUAGUCCUGCUUUUUAAAAGUAGUUUAUAAUGCAUUUUAACUAUUACUACUAAUAUUAACAGUAUCAACAAUGUAUUUAUUUAAUUUACACAGAACCCCACAGACAUUACUGAAAAUAGCACAUCAUUGGCUAGAAGUGUCGGCAAAAACUGUUCAGUCACUCAAACCAUCUUAGCUUGAAAUGGGAUUAAAAGUACCUGAGACUAUUAUGUAGUAGCCUUCUCUGGUAUUUUCAUCUGUCAUAUCCGUAUGUUAAAUAUUGUAGUUCAUGUCUUAAUACAUGCAGACUUAGUCUUGACCCUGACAGUACAUUAAAAUUGAACGUGGCCCUUGUAACUGAUGACAGAUGUGCUCCAUUUAAAUACUGUUUAAAUCUUAAAAUUGAGUUUUAUCUUUGGACUAUGAUAUUUCAAGUUCAUUAACAUUACUGCAUCAAUGUGACACAUGGAACUGACAACAUAUUUGCAGAUUGGUUUGUUAAGGAAUAAUCAAACAAACAUGCUUGCUGGUUUUAGUUUGUUUUUUUUUUGCUGGUUCCAGUAUCAGCCACUUUGUAGUAAUACAUUUCUCUUUCAGUUCAGCUCCAUCAUUCUUAGCACACAAACAUCAGCCCCUGAUGGGGAAUCAACAAUCCAUGUGACCUUCUUUCACAAACAAGACAGUAUAUCACAUCUCCCAGUGCUGCUGUACCACACCAAACACAACAGAAAAGUAUUAAUUCAUACAAAGAAAAAUGUCAUAGUGUUCAAGGUAUUGACUUAUCCCUCACAAUUCUCAAACCAAUUGAGCAUCUGGGGGGAUGUGCUGGGAAAAAAAAGUAGCCUUUGAGACUCCACUUCACAGCCUACAGGACUACAGGACUAUAGGACAACGGGCCCCACCUCACAGCCUACAGAACGACAGGCUCCACCUCACAGCCUACAGGACGAUGGGCCAACAGGACGACAGGCUCCACCUCACAGCCUACAGGACUAUAGGACAACAGGCUCCAACUCACAGCCUACAGGACAACAGGCCGACAGGACUACAGGACAACAUGACCACAGGACGACAGGCUCCACCUCAUAGCCUACAGGACAACGGGCCCCAACUCACAGCCUACAGGACUACAGGGUUAUAGGACAACAGGCCCCACCUCACAGCCUACAGGACGACAGGCUCCACCUCACAGCCUACAGGACGACAGGCUCCACCUCACAGCCUACAGGACGACAGGCUCCACCUCACAGACUACAGGACUACAGAAAGACAAGCUCCACCUCACAGCCUACAGGACUACAGAAAGACAAGCUCCACCUCACAGCCUACAGGACAACUGGCUCCACCUUGUGUCCACACCACCACAGCAGUUUGGUACACUAUAUAUUCGGCAGGUUGUGUUACAGCAGAUUGCUGUAGGUCACGAUGGAUUCUGGAACUGGCAUCUUAUUUUAACAGAAGAACAUUUAUUUACGUUUUAAAGCAAAAUUAUCCUCUCACAUGAAGUAAUGCAGAAAAUAUUUAGUUUAGGCACAUUUUAACAAAGCAAAUUCAA